AUGAAUAUUUCUGACACUCACCAUGAUUUCCUGAAAGAAAGAGAAGGACUGGAUGUUAACAUCUCUGAUUCAGAAACAGAUUCUGAGACAGAAACAACUAGUCAUGAUGCAGAGAAAGAAAAGGAGGAUCAUCUUGAGACACAAUCCUACAAACUAGUGCUCCGGAAAGAUAGUUCAGCAAGCACAGGUUUCAAUGUUCUUCCAAUAUCAGGACCUACCACGCCUUUACCGUCUCCCGAAGUUAAAGAGCUGAGAAUCAAAGCUAAGGUGUCAGUUGGCCCAAAGCGAAAAAAGGCCAAGAGUAGAGACCCUGAGAAAGACCUAAUUAUUGUUAACAAGGACACAUCAAGUGACCUGUAUGUCAAUGAACAGCUACCCAAUUUUUCUGUGAAUCCAAUGCAUAAUCCCGCAGAUGAUCCUGCCAUGUUUGACAAACCAAAGGCAUGCAGUGCUGAACCAUACAUUGUAUUCGAGCUGACAUCAGAGGAUGGCUUCCGUGUGGAAUCUCGCCACAUUGCAGAGGUCUGGCAGAAGGUAUUUGAUGCUGUCGCAGCUGCAAGAGCUAGCAUGAGGAUGGACCCAAAAGUUCCGCACAAUAUCCAACAACCAUCAAGCCCAGGGGACUCAAUAUCUGGCCUCCACAUGCUGGGUCUAACACAUAAUGCAGUGCAGUAUCUCUUGGAGCAGUUGCCUGGGGCUAAGGACUGCCACAAAUACUCAUUUCAGUUUCACCGAAGGCCUCAGGAGGAAGGGGCAGUGGAGGAGAACCCAACUGGCUGUGCCAGAACCGAACCCUUCAAGACGCGCUCUCCUUAUGAUAUCUUCAGCUGGUUGGCUUCCAAGCACCGCCGCAUGCCUGAACGUUCUCUUGUGCAACAGGAAGAAAUUCAGCUUUCUACAACCAGACGUGCUACAAGUCUUGAGCUGCCCAUGGCCAGGUACCGACACUUGCGAGAGACUGCGCGUGAGGCUGUUGGGGUAUUCCGCUCAAGCACAGGCCGAGGCCUUUUCUGCAAGCGUGAUAUUGAUGCCGGAGAAAUGGUCAUUGAAUAUUGUGUUUGGUUUCAGGUGAUCCGAUCCAGUCUAUGUGACAUGCGUGAAAAGGACUAUGAGUCAAAGGGCAUUGGCUGCUACAUGUUUCGUAUUGAUGAUGACACAGUCAUUGAUGCCACAAUGCAUGGCAAUGCUGCAAGAUUCAUUAAUCAUUCGUGUGAUCCAAACUGUUACUCCCGUGUGGUGGAUAUCCUGGGCAAGAAGCACAUCAUCAUAUUUGCUCUUAGGAGGAUCCUGCGUGGGGAAGAGCUAACCUAUGAUUACAAGUUCCCUAUCGAAGAAGACAAAAUCCCCUGCACAUGUGGCACUCGGCGAUGUCGCAAGUACCUCAACUGAAGCCCUCCAGAAGUGCAACUUUUCUCUCCCCUUUUGAGUCCCGUAAUCUCUUGUGAUUGGUGCCGCGUUUUUGCGUGGUGGUGCCAUCACGACAAUAGUUUUUGCACGGAAGGUAUGAAUGGUAUGUUUGUUUGCCCAGACAACAUUAAAGAAAAAAGAGAAGAAUAAUGAAUGUUAAAAAAAGUAUUAGUCAUUAUCUAUUCAGACAACUGAACUUUGCUCGUAGACAUACAAAUAUUUAGGUGAAUAUUUGUGCAUGUAUGUGUGGUGCGUGUGUGUGCCAGUGGGCACAUGCACACAUGUGCAUACAAAACAAACGUGUGCACACAUACAUACAAAACACACACAUACAAAACACACACA